AUGGGCCAGCAAUACGGUACGAAGGACAAGACUGUGGGAAUUGAAACAGUGCUGACCAGAAGUCAGGUGCAAGAGUUGGUGAUUGACUAUACGGAGUGCACGUCAGCUACCGACGCCGGAACCGAGUUCGCCAACAUACCAAGUCAAUAUAUAUCCUCGUCCUUCAAGUCCUCGAACGUCAGUGUCCCUCGAUGGAGGCACAAUCUCACGACUAUAACUCCCCACUUCGGUGCUCCGCAGCCAGACACUCGCACCUGCACAAUCGAAUACACUCUUCCAAAAGAUUUCGGUGCGCCCGUAUACCUUUAUUAUCGCUUGACAAAUUUCUACCAGAACCACAGGCGAUACGUGAAAUCUCUGGAUCUGGACCAACUCAGAGGUCAGUUUCUCUCCAAUGAGACCAUCGCCAACAGUGUGUGCAACCCACUCACGACCAAUGACACUACUGGUGUCGCAUAUUAUCCAUGUGGUUUGAUCGCGAAUUCUAUAUUCAAUGACACUAUUGGAAGUCCAAGAAGUGUGAGCACGUCGAAUGGAUCAACUCCUGAAGAGUACUCUAUGACAAGACGAGGAAUCGCUUGGGCCAGCGAUCUUGAGCUCUAUCAGCAGACAGCAUACAACAAUUCCGACGUGCUGCCUCCACCAAAUUGGCAACUACGUUUUCCAAGCGGCUACAAUGAAACGUACCCUAUCCCCAAUCUUCACGAAUACGAGGAGUUUGCCGUCUGGAUGAGGACAGCUGGUCUACCCACAUUCAGUAAACUGGCGAGAAGAAAUGACAACCAAACCAUGCGUGCAGGAACAUAUGAGAUUGUUAUUGGUGAUUUCUUCAACGUCAAAGCUUACGGUGGCACCAAGAGCCUCCUAAUAUCAACUCGGACAGUCAUGGGAGGCAAGAAUGACUUUUUGGGGAUUGCCUACCUCGUGGUGGGUGGUCUCUGCAUCGUACUUGGAGCCUUUUUCACAGUUGCGCAUCUAAUCAAGCCCAGGAAACUCGGUGACCACACCUAUCUAUCAUGGAACAAUGAUGUGGCCCCCACAGCGACCACGACGGGACGUGACGCAGGAAGAUGA